GUUGUUUGUAUAACUGGACUCUUUGAAAUGUGAUUAUUGGGGAGUUGGAGGAAUUAAGCGCGCGCAUAGGCUUAGCCAAUUGUGUUGUUGCUAAUUCUCGUCUUUCUUGCGGCGAAAAUGACAGAGUCUAGUAUAUAAUAACAGGAUGAUGUGAAGGCAUUUGAAUCAGAUUAUUAGUCUACUGUUAAUUUAGCAGUUCUUAUUCAUAGAAGAUUUUACUUGUUGCAGGUGAUCUGAUGGCACCUGAGAGGCAUAGAAUAUUGAUGGUUUCUGAUUUUUUCUAUCCCAACUUUGGUGGCGUGGAAAAUCACAUAUAUUACCUCUCACAAUGCCUGCUAGAGCUUGGCCACAAGGUGGUAGUUAUGACCCAUGCUUAUGGUAAUCGCUCUGGUGUGAGAUACAUGACAGGAGGGCUGAAAGUUUAUUACGUACCAUGGCGGCCAUUUGUGAUGCAGAACACAUUGCCUACCAUUUAUGGAACCCUUCCAAUCGUAAGGACGAUUCUUAUCCGAGAACAGAUAUCGUUGGUUCAUGGGCACCAGGCUUUCUCAACUCUUUGCCACGAAGCUCUGAUGCAUGCACGUACGAUGGGUUACAAAGUUGUGUUUACUGAUCAUUCGCUUUAUGGGUUUUCGGAUGUUGGAAGCAUCCACAUGAACAAGGUGUUGCAGUUUACUUUAGCGGAUGUCACGCAAGCCAUCUGUGUUUCUCACACAAGCAAGGAAAACACGGUGCUUCGGUCAGGUAUUCCACCAGAAAAGGUCUAUAUGAUCCCAAAUGCUGUGGAUACUGCUAUGUUCAUGCCAGCAGAAGAGCGACCAGGUGGCAACGAAAUUGUUAUUGUUGUUAUAAGUCGAUUGGUUUACCGUAAGGGAGCAGAUUUGCUUGUUGAAGUCAUUCCGGAAGUCUGCCAGUUGUACCCCAAUGUCCGUUUCAUUGUUGGAGGUGAUGGGCCCAAACGUGUGCGCCUUGAAGAGAUGAGGGAAAAGCACUCCCUCCAAGAUCGAGUUGACAUGCUGGGUGCUGUUCCACAUGCUUCUGUGCGAUCUGUUUUGAUCACUGGUCACAUAUUCUUGAACAGUUCUUUGACAGAAGCAUUCUGCAUAGCCAUAUUAGAAGCUGCAAGUUGUGGGUUACUGACAGUGAGCACUCGUGUUGGAGGUGUGCCAGAGGUUCUACCAGACGACAUGAUUGUACUUGCUGAGCCAGAUCCUACCGAUAUGGUGCAAUCGAUCAAGAAGGCAAUAUCUCUGCUUCCUGGAAUCGAUCCUCAAGCUAUGCAUGAACGUAUGAAGAAACUCUAUGACUGGCAUGAUGUUGCAAAGAGGACGGAGAUAGUAUAUGAUCGUGCACUUAAAUGCCCCAAUCAACCUUUGCUAGGGAGAUUAUCCCGGUACCUUUCUUGUGGAUCGUGGGCUGGAAAACUUUUCUGCUUGGUCAUGACUAUUGAUUUUCUGCUGUGGCACCUGCUGAAGUUAUGGCAGCCGGAAGAAGACAUUGAUAAGGUGCCUGAUUUUGUUAUCCCCACGGGAGAGACUUCCUCUGCUUUUGAUCAGGAGUUGGAUGAUCAAUCUUCUUCCUGACUAUUGUGCAUGUGGUGUGAUGUUUUUCACCCUUUACAAAGCUGUUGAUUGAUGUCCAUUCCGGGAUUUCUGUGCGUCUCUUUCUAGUGGUAGAUAGCUUCGACCUCUGAUGUCCAAGGUCGAAAAGUGUAACCUUGAUCAUGAAGAAAUUAGAGAACAGAGUUGAUUCGUUUGUUCUUGUAAUAGAAUUUAAUUGCCUUGUAAGUUGUAUCCCUUCUACCGUGAAAUGAAGUGCAUUGAUUUUC